AUGCAACAAUCUAUAAUAAAUAGAAGUCAACAAAAUUAGAGUUUAAGAAAUUCUACUCAUUAAAAUACAUCUUCUAAGACAGUCACAGCUUAUUAAGAGUAUAUUGCAAAUCGUUAAUCAGCUUCUAAAAGUCUCUCUUAAGUGUGCUAUAAUUGUGUGAAUAAUGAUAUCUCUGAUUAAAAGAAAUAUCUGAAAUAGAAAUUAAUUGAAUAAGAUAAAGCUUAUGUACAUGAAAUGACUAAAUCAAUUAUUAAAUAAUAGGAAGAGGAGAAUACAUAAAUAAUAUAAAAGAAAUUAAAGGAAAAAGAAUUCUUAUAAAGAAGUUAUUAAGAAAGUUAAAAAUAUAAAGAGGAAAGAAAAAGUAAAGAAAAGUAAGACAAUGAAAAGUUAGCAUAAUAAAUAAAAAAAACAGAUAUUUUAGAUUAAAAUAGAAUAUAACAAGAAGUCAUCUAAUCUUAUUACAAAAAGAAAUAAUUUAUGGAAAGUUUGAAUGAAUAAAUUAAAAAUAGAAAACUUAAAACAUAAGAUGAUAGUCAAACUGAUUGGUUUAAAGUAGGAGAUGAGGAAAAAGCUGAAUAAAUAAUUUAAUAAAAAAAAAUAAUAGAAAGGAAUUUAUUAAAAUAACAAAGAGAUGAAUCAUUAAAAAUGAAAGAAUCUGUUUUAAUUGAGUAAGAAAAAUAAAGAAAAUAAUAAGAAAGAUAACAAGCUGAUUAUUAGCAUUAGUUAGAUUAAUAAAUUAAAUUAGCAGAACAAGGGAAAAAAAGAAUGAUAGAAACUUAAUAUUCAAAGUACUUAUAGAAAGCCAUUUAAGAAUAGAAAGAAAAAAAAGUAUGAUUAUUCAAUAAUUUAGAGAAAUGAGAGGAUAAUGACAGCAGAAGAAUAUAGAUUAAAUUGUGAAUUAAUCAAUAAAUAAAUACAAAAUAGAGAAGAGAGUGAAUAAAAUUAAGAAGUUUAAAAGAAAUUAUAAUACAUUGAAGAAUUAAAUUAAUAAUAUAAAUAAUAAUUAGAAUUAAAAGCUAAAGAUAAAUAGAAAAAUAGAUAUAUUGAAUAAAAAUUAUAAGAAUCAAAUAAGAAAUAUGAAUAUUUAAGAAAAGAAUUGGAAAAACCUAUUAUUAAAGCAUGUUAGAAAUGUAAUAAAAGUUAUGAUGCAAAAUGUCUAUCCAAAAGUAAAAUAUUUUGA